GUCCAGAUGAGGGCGCUUCACCUGCACGGGAGCCGUAAGUGCAGCACUGAAACUCUUCCCCCGGCGGCCAGAGAAACCGCAGGGUGGCGGUUUUCGGCAGGUGGUGGUCGCAAUGUCGGGCAGAAAACCCCGGUCUGUGGCGAACCCCUUGGAGUCCGCGAUCACCACACCGAGUGAGAAGAUCCUGAAAGAAUGUCACAGUCUGUAUGUGGACAGCGAAAACGGUAAAUGAUCAGUAAGCGGAGAAACUCUGAGCAACACCUCAGCUCACUUUGCACCGGGCUGCAGAAACAAGCAGGCACAGUUUUGUGUUGUUAUAUAACUUUGUGCUUCAGUGGGACUCUGAAGUUUCAAGUGGCGAUAACAGUACUAAGUUGUUGUUGUUUUCAGGUUAAUGGUGGGUGGUGGUCUGUGUCAGCUGUCAGUCAGUGUCAGUAAUCUGAUGACAUUGAAGAGUGUGGGGCAGCGCCUAUAACUGUCACCAAACACUCUUGCAACAUGUAUGAAAAGCUGUUGAGCCCAGAGGGGUUGGUACUGAGACAAUUGUGUCUUUGGCAAAUAUGGGAGAGGUCUUUAAUGGGCUCUGUGCGUUUGCAGGAUUUGCACUUCAAGAAGUCACACAAUGUUUCUUGACUCAGGUCCAAACUAAAAGAACCAAUGCAGUUACUAGAGAUGCACUGAUUAAUUGGUUAAAUUAAUGGACUUUUGAAAUAAUUGGUAUUGGCUGAUAUCUGGGACAUUGGUUAAAAAAAGACAAAUGACAAAAAAAUGUCCUCUGAAAUGAGAACACAUCUUUCCAAUGACAGAACACUUACUGAGAAGUAUCUCAUAUAUUUUCUGUUAUGAUGUCUGAAGUAAUGAAGGUUAAUAUUGCCUUUGACAUAAAUGUGUCAUGCUCUGAAAUUUAGCCCAAAUGUUAUUCUAUGCAUGGUUGUCUACAAAGACAACCACAUAUAGAAGAUUUUAAUGUGCAUCAAAUAUGGUCUGCUGUUAUUAAUACACAACAUGAUAUCAGCCUCAUAUAUGGGUCAUCAGCGGACCUGCUCUGUAAUGAUCAGCACUGACAUCUAUCAUUAAAAAAAAAAACAGUAUUGGUCAACUACUUUAACAUUAUUUUCAAUAAAAUUUGGUUGCUUAACAAUUCUGUGCAUCAUUCAGCAAUUGUCGACCUGUCAGCCUGUGUGCAAACAGGUUGCAAUGUGUAUGGUUGUUUAAUGUCGGGACUACUACUUCUGCCUGGAUCUAUAACCCACAUCAAUCACAAAGUACAGAGUUUAGAGGUUGUAUUGAUGGGGACCACUCUAAAUUAAACAUGCACACGGUUAUUUUUUGUAGUUCAAUCAUUUUUCAUAGUUUAAUGUUUUAAAAAUACUGACCAAAAUUAAUCUCUACUUCUAAAGUGAUCUCCUCAACUUUAAAUUAUGUAUAGUAGAGAAAGGCAGAAAUGUUCUUUUAUAGGUGAGGUGGAACAAAAAAAAAAAGUAAUGCAUCUUUUUUUACUCGUAAGACUAGUAGCAGUAGUAAGACUGUGAAUUUCCCAGUUUGGGAUCAAUAAAGGCUAUCUAUCUUUCUUUCUAUCUAUCUAGCUAGCUAGCUAGCUAGCAAAUGUUGCCUGAUAAUAUAGUUGUUUUUUUUUUUUUUUAAGUAAACUUAACCCAUUUUUGACAUAACUACAGAAAGCACUAGUUUCCUUUCUGUGUUUGUAUUAUUAUUUUUUUGAUGGGGCUUUAGCUACAAAGCUAACUCUUUUGUGUUUGUUGUGUUUUCAGGUCUAGUUAAAAUUGCCAGCAGCCUUGGCGUGCGGCUGCUGCCUCCAAGGAAAAAGAUAAUAGUGAUGAUAAUGGGCAACCACUCUGCAGGGAAGAGCUCCUUCAUUAACUGGUAAAACAUUUCUCUGGUUAUGGGAUCUGUGGUGUUGAGCUGUGGGGUCAUCACAUGCUCUGUUUUUUGUAGAUGUAUCAUUCUAACUUUUGGCUUUUACAAAACUGCUUUAGGACGGGUAGAAAUUUGUGCAGUUUUGCCCUCAAAAAUGUGUUGGUAGGACUGAGAAACCUGAUAGGAAAUGACAAAUAUGUCUUUUUUUUAAAAUGACAAGUAGUUUAACAUAUUCAUUUGUUUUAUCUCCUCACAUCUGAUUGUGUUGUAUAGAUAAAGUUGUUAAUGUGUAGCCUAUGUUUGAGAGGAAAUAGAAAGAGAAACAUGACCAAAGUUUAACCUCAUAUUUUUAUAUUAAUGUCCCAUCAGCAAUAAAGUUGCUGCUUGUCAAUAAUCGAGUUGACUGUAAUUUGAAAUCGUAGUACUUUUUAUUUGGGGGACAUUAUCAAGAUCCUGUCUGAGAGGGAGCAAAAGUGUGACAGUUUUAUGAUAGAUAAAAAGACAUUUAUUGUCCUUUAAAGGAAAUUUGUUGCUACUGUCUGAACAGAUGAACAUUAUUUGAAUGAGAUGAAACAGUCUUAUAGUCUUCUAUUUGCUCUGCACUUAUUAAUACUGAGAUCUAUUGGAUAUAUGAUGAUUAACUAAAAUAAUGAGCACUACAGAACACUGAUUGUUUGCUGUAGUCAUUUGUUGAGGGAAUAUUUGAUUCAUGUGAUCAGAAAUUGUAUCUCUCUGGGUUUAGUUUGCUGUCCUGAAACAUUUAACCAUAGAAGCUGAAGGUUUCUGGUUUGGAAUGAUAAUUUCUUUUUACCAUAUUCUGCCAUUUUAAUCAAAGAGAAAUGGAGAAAUCGAAGCAUAAAAAUGACUCAAGAAUUGUCUUUAAAACCUGUGCACAAGAUCGUAGUUAGAAGUAGUUUCCAAAAUAUUUGAUAUGGAUUACUGUGAUUCCAGGUAUGUUGAAGAGCACAUUCAGAAAGCAGGUGUCGCCAUAGAAACUCAGGGCUUCACGUUUGUCACAAGUGGUCGUAAAAGAGAAUCACUGACGGUAAGAACAGCAAAACUUUAUCCAUCUCUCUCUUCCUGCAUCUUCCUCUAUCCUCUUUCUAAAGCUAAUACAGUCCCGGCAGAUGAGUGUCUCACAUGAGUCUGGUCCUGCUCGAGGUUUCUGUUUGUUAAAAAGAAGUUUUUCUUCUCCACUGUAUCUUGCUAAAUGCUACCAAGUAUUACACUUGUGGUUGAAGAUAGGAUGGGAGUGGAUCUGAUCUAACAAAAUGGUGCUAAGUCUUAUCCCAUCUUUAUACUGGGUCUUUGUAAAUAGAGUAUUGUCCAAACCAGCUUUUUUGUUUAGCGUUAAAUUGUUGUGAAUUGGCGCUAUAUAAAGAUUGAUUGAUUGAUGGAUAUGUAUUGAUCUUACCUGUGCAUAUUGUCCGCGUUUCAUGUUCAGAUGAAUGCUUGACGUAAUACACAGGAUGUAAAGCUGCAUGCUGCCAUGAAGGUCAGUGAAUUAAUAUGUUUGAUGUUGGCUUGCAUGCAGGGCACUUCCUCAGUUAGCAGUGAUUUCUCAGUCAGCAUGCUGCUUCACUGAGGAGCUUUGAAUAGACAUACGCACAGCAGAGAGCACAGAGCUAUCUUUGCAGCAAAUAAGCAUGCUCUGGAGACACCUGUCUCUCCAUCUCCUCACAUCCUCUGCCUCUGUGCUCAUCUCCUGCUGUGCUGAAGAUGAUGAAGAUGAAUAAUAUAUUUGCAGUGAAGGACUGCAGAGUGGGAGGAUUAUCUCCUACAUCCAGGAAAAGCUUGAGGAAAGCACACUGAGCUGCAGCAAGUUCUUAAGAAGGGAUAGAGUUGUCUUUUGUAGAACAGACUAACUGCACAUUACUUUCCCUCAUCAUGACUUUAACACAGUCUCUUUGUUUUUUGGCUUUUUACAGGGGAAUGCAACGCUGCAUCUCUAUCCUCACUUCCGACCACUCCUGGAGUUCAAAGGUAAGUGCUUUCUACAUGUUUUAGCUCUGAAGUACUUUUUGAUAAAUGCAUGACUGUCCCUGGCUGUGUAGAAUAUCCUGUGCUUACUGGGAAGAAAACCACCAAAUCUAUUCAUAUGCAGGUACCAUCAUCAGUCAUCAUUUGUGAAUUCAGGGCCAUAUUUGAUACAUUACAAACAUACUUUCACAUUAUAACCAAAUCUAAGGGAGCAUGCCAAGUAGGGACAGCUCUGAUGGUUAGGAAAACCUUGGUUAGGAAUAUUUGUGACGCUUCAAUUAAGUCUUUAAAAGAGCGUCGCUAAACCGCUGAAAAUCGUUUCGAAUCUGAUCAUAGUUCUCUUUGUUGAAUGCCAUUCCUCCUACGAUGCUGUUUACGUGUUCCCAAUCAGCAGUGACGUCUGCUUUGACGUCAGCUUUCAAAACACAGGGUCACUGGUAAAAAUGAAACAUGAAAUAAGUAAAAAAAAUAAAUGACCCUGCCAUUCUCAGUAUGGUAAAUAAGGAGAAAAUAUUGCUACUAGUAACAAGUGGAACCAAGAGAUAUUUGAGGGCUAGUUCCUGCUGCUUCUGCCAUUUGUAACUCUCACUUUAAUUAGCUAAGAAAAAAAAUGUAGAUAUAGUGCAAAUUGUAUUUUUCUGAUGUUGGUUUAAUUAACUUUUUUGAAAAAGUAUUUUAUUUAAUGCCCUUUUUAAGCAAACUGAAAAUACAAUAUAAAAGUGAGGGGGGAAAAACAAACAACAUAAAAUAUGUACAUACGUUUGCAUAAGCUUACAUGCACAAACGCAUAAACUGGCAAUUCAAAAGAAGUGGGCUCAUUAGUAAGCAUGGAGUAUACUGGCCAAGUUUACACCAGCGGACCUCAUACAUGAUAUCUAGACACAGCUGCAGGAGGUAAUGUUUCUAUAAAAUGAAUUAAUGGUUGCCAAAUAUCUACAAAGACAUCGCUAGUGGCGUAUAAUUUGGUAUCUCUUAUUUCAUCUUGACAGAAAAAAGAGUGAAUCCAAAUUUCAUAUCAAUGAAAAGAGCGAUGUCAAUAGAUUUUCUAGAACUUUUAGUAUAUUUUGCAUUUAGAUACAUAUCAUUACAUCUAUAGUGAAUGCAGUACAGAGAUUAAAAUAUAAGUAAUAGAUUUUUAUUCCUCUGCCUAAAUAUUAUAAGUACAGCAGAGUAGAGCAAAUAUAGUUCAAAAUUUAUGGAAAAGCAGAAAAAGCAGCAACAGGCACAGUCGACAGAUGCUGAAUGUAAUUAUGCUUUCAAGUCUGAGCUUGCUUCCUCUAAGAUUUUGGAGGGUGCUCAUUUGUGUGGCAUAUGUAUGCUCACUGCCAAAAACUGUUUGAAAAGUCAAAGUCAGACCUAUGCAACAGUUGUUCAGUGAAUGGCUGUUGACAUCAGGCUGGUUUGUGUUUGAUAUUAUUAAUAUACUGGACACAGUUAUGGGCUGUAUACCGCUCAACUACAGUGAGAUGACUGAAAUACCCACUGUGGGAUCUGAUCCAAGUGCUAUUGUACAGAUCCUACAUGUUUUGUAUGCUCUAUAGGCUGAAGUGCACCUGCCAUUUUGAAAUUGAAUUCACUGAAAUAGAGCAAUGAACAUUAAUUAACAUAUGAUACUCAUUAUUGUAAAUUAGCCCCUUCAUACAACUACACAAUCAACCAGUUUAAUGAAAGAUUAGCAUGAACCUUUUUGAUUUUUUUCCAGUUAUGUCUUCCUAUAACUGACACCACCAUUUUGCUUAGUGCAGCCUCAUUUUGAGAUUUGCACUGUCAUUUCUCAGAGGAACUCACUGAACUCAUGGCCAACUUAAAGCAAGAGUCAAAAUGUCUCUUUCAACAUGUCACUUAUCUAUCAAUUUUUUUUUAAUUUGUAGACUUUAUUUGAGAGGGACAAUGCAGAAACCAUAAUCUCUCUCCUGCCUGUCAUGAACCAGCUGUAGUAACUGAUGUUUUGCAUGUAGUGAUUAGAGCUACUAAUCACUCCCGGCUUUAAGUCGCUUAAAAAGAUUAUGACUGAUAUCUUUGUUCAUGAUGCUGUAUGUGUGGGAGCUCAUUGAUAGUGCCCUUGGUAAUUUUAAUUACAUACAUUGUUAUUAUUUACAAAAUGGAUUGUUGUUACUUUUUUUACAUUAAGCAAACUGCAGGGAUGGCUGUUUUGAGCUGUGUGGCACAUUGAGUGUAUUGAUGUUUCUACUUUUUAGGUGUAAGGCCUGUUUUUUUUGUGAUGCAAGGUAGAGUUCAGGUGUUUCACCUCGAUGACUCAACACUGAGUCAUGCUUUGACGUGUCAAGUUUGUACUAUAUAAAUCAGACUUCUGGUCCCUUUUUCUUUCAUCUGGGCUGUUUGUCUCUGAGAUGCGAUCUGGGUUGAGAUUCCUCUUACAUGGGAAAAAAAAAGAGACAUGAUCAUAGCACAUUGUGUUCCGACUAUCGUUCUCAGCUCUCUGCACGACAGCAGUGAUCUGGAGCUUUCCGGAUGUUGAGGUGGUCAUGCAGAAGAGUCUGGGUGUGCCUGCUGUCUGAGUGGGAGCAUCAGUGGUGGUAGUGGGGGUUGGGGGUGGGGGGGGGCAGUAGAGGGAAAGGGAGGGGGGGGUAAUGUAUGUGUGUGCAUUCACAGUGGGUGUGUGAAGAGCAAGGGUUCACUGGGUGCGGACCGAAAUGCUCACGAUAUGGCUUGUGAGUCACACGCCCCAUCGACAGCAGUGCAGUGGAGUCAGGAGGAGCUGCUGAGAAAUGUCACAGCCGGUACAGACGCCACAGCCUGGACUCCAGCAACAGCAGCAGCAGCAGCUUCACCCUGCAGGCCAGAGGCUCGCAGGACACCGCUGAUCUGCUUCUGGAAACCUUUUUAUCCAAACUUCAUUUCCCCCUCUGGAAAUCCACCAUAUGAGGCAUUUGUUUACCUGUGACAGCAGCUGAGGAUGACUCAUCAGAAAAGCAGCGUAUAUCCUUACGUGGGAGUAGAUGCUGAUUUUACAGCUCGUUCUUUUUUGGGAUGUGCAUGGAGAUACUUUUUAAUGUUGUUUCAGACUAACAUGUGGGGUGUUUCUUACUGUCUUGUCUUAAUCUGGGCAACCUGUUGUCAUGAGGUUAGACCGUAUGCUGCAUGGCUGUUGAAAGCGUAUGUAAAAAGUGAUUUUUUCAUAUCAUUUGGCUACCUUUUUUGCUUUCUUACUUGACAUGUAUGUGCACUGCAUCUUAUUUAAACUCUUUAAUCCACCAAGUCCUCUUUUAGUCUCGGUCAAUGCAGCAGUGUGGCGGCCUUUGCCCUUUUCCCAAAGCACAAGCUCUCCAGAGAAGUCCUCUUCGUUACAGCCACUUGAGGAACUUGGCACUUAAAGACGAGUAUCUUGGUUGUUUUCUUAAAGCUGAAGGAGACUCAGAGUGUUUUUGUCAACUCGAGUGGAUGAAUAUGCUUUAACUGGGGUGACUGAUCCACUUUCUUUAAAGAGUCAAGCAUGUUCUUGUUUUUUUGCUACUGUUUUGUAAAGAUGCAUGCAUUUGUGUGUUUUGGACAAACCUUUUGUAGAUGAAGUGUAGAUCAGCAGCCCAAAGAGAUCUAUUGCGACGGUAUAAGUAUUCUCAUACAUACACCGUUUCGUCAUAAGAAUUUGGCGUAAUCUUGCAAGACUACGAGAAUCUACUUCAAAGAUGUGUUUGGAGAUGCAUUGAUACUGUGUACAUGCUGAUGUAAGAGAAACUUAAGGGAAUGCUAAUGUGGCCCAGCAGCAGCAGCAGCAGCAGCAGCGGCAGCCUGGCUCGCUGCAGCACAAGGAUGUGAUUUGUGCUGCCUGUUAACACCUGCCUCCUCCUAUGAAACAGCCUCAGUGUCAUCUCAGGCCUGUGUGUCUGUGUGUAUGUGUGCCUGUGGGGGGUGUUGACAAAGGGUUAGUUUGGUGGAUGUGGGUGGGGCUUAUUUUGUCAAUAGUUGGAGUUUGUCUCAAUAGUGUGCUUGUUCUGGAGCCCAGGCUUGGGGUUUUAGUGGAUUUGCACAUUGUGGUUGCGGUGGAGCAUCGUAACCUCAGCGCGUUGCUUCACAGUCGUUCUUCACUGGCUAGCUUUAUGUCCCACGCCCCACGCUAAAGCUGCCAGUUGAAGAGCUGUUGUGUGUAACCAUAACAACAGAUUGCUGCACGUAAUGAAGUGAGAAAAUCUGUGACUUGAUAAAUGGGAGGAUAAAUAACUUGAUGAAUAACUCGCAGCUUUACAACUGGGAGUUUAUCUGAUAGGAGAAGGCUUAUGACAUGUUUUUAUUUUAGCUGUGUAAAUGCAUCUACGCAGCCAGCGAAUAGUUCUAUUCAAAUGAUCAUCAUUCACCUUUUUUUCUGUUUUAAAACACAAAUGAACCCCAUUGUAAUUGAAAGCCUGGAGGCACAAAAACAGCCGUAAGUGUUCUUGAUCUUUAGUGUCACCGUCUUCCCUCAGGGGUUCAAGUAUUGACCGCACUGCGGCUACCAGUAGCACAUAGUAAUACAGUCAUUGGAGGUGACAGCUUCCUGCAGGGACUCCGCUUUUAUGUCAUCAUCAGUGUGUUCUCAUAAAGGGAAUCAUCUGUGCGCUCUCACCGCAUGUAUGUCUAUAUUCCAGGUGUUCUGGAUUAUCUGUCUGCUGAGAUCUCCACCUCCAAGCAGAAGAAGUUCAGCCUGGUGACGUUUGUGGACACGCCUGGUUUGGUGGACGGGGACAUGGUCUACCCUUUUGAUGUCAACAGUGCCAUCAUCUGGCUGGGUAUGUGUUUGCACCUGUAGGUCUCAUUUUCUACUCCAAAGCUGCAGUGUUCCAAUGACAGUUGUAUUUUGUGUACAGGAGAACAGGCAGAUCUGGUAUUUGUGUUUUUUGACCCGAUGGGUCAGGCACUCUGCAAGCGCACUCUCAACAUUGUAGAAAAGCUGAGUGAGAAAUGUGGAGACAAGCUGCUCUUCUACCUCAGCAAGGCGGAUGAAGCAGGAAAGGAAACAGACAGACAGGUGAGGCCACUCAACACGUGUCUUUUUUAAAAACCUUUUUGAUUGAUUUGAUAGUAAGAAAGGGUCGUUAAACUUUAAAAAUGUCCAUUUCUGCAGAGGGUCAUGAUGCAGAUAGUGCAGGAACUGUGCCGCCGUCCAGGUCUCAACAAAUGUGGCUUUGAGAUGCCUACAAUAUACAUCCCCAACCCGCAGAAGGUGAGACUGUUAUUUUCCCUUUUUUCCUGUGAUGGACAGUCAACAGGAUUUAAAUAGGAAUCUGAUUUAUACAGUAAUUGGAAACCAUCCUUUGAGAUAACAGAACCCCCAAGUACAAUUCAACUCAACAGCUUACUGACUUUGAUGACUGUAGCGACUGCUGUCCUUCAAUGAAAAGGCCGCUGGGUUUUAGGUUCGCUUGCAUCUUUGACUCGUUCAAAUAUCAGAUCAGUUUGAGAGUUAAAAAGUGGUUUAUUGUUCCAAAAAAGAAAAGACACUGAUCCAGGUCCAAAACUUUUGCCUUCGAAUGACAAAGUGAUACAAUGAAAAUGAGGUUAAAACAGGGUGAGUGAAACGAUUAACAGAAAAUUAUCAGAGCUUACCACAACCCAUUGUCUGACUACACCUGUGAGAUUUAAAUAACUCGCCAAACAUCCCAAAACCACACCCCUCAGUGUCGAUCCCCAGAAGUGACUUACCUUGUAGAAAUCAUGCUUUCAACAAAUAUAUUUUGGCUCCUACAAUGACUGUUGUUCCUUACUAACAAAAGUUAUCCUGAUAUGACUGAGGUUAAAACUCUUUGACACAAAUAAACGUACAGGAUACACAUGAUCUUACUCGGUAUGUCAUUUGACUACUUGUGAUUGGCCAGGGCAAAGUAAAAUCUUGAAACAAAGUGUUCUUCUGUUGUCCAUCAGUAUAUCAUACAUCACAUGCUCCUCAUCCUUAAACCUCCACACAUAUCUCUGUUAUUAAGAUGCAUUGUAGCACACGCAACCCUUUACAAAGAGCUCACUUAUAUAGCUUUGAAUAUUAUAAAGAUAACACUUGUGUGAUAAAAAUACACAAGUCAGAUCUUUUCUUCAGGGUUUUAUGAUUUCAGGUCUGAAUUAAAGCGCUUUAUUUCCCUCGGGGUUUAGCAGCUAUUGAUUAUCUCUGAAUGUAAAUUUUCCACUUCAGGUUUACAAGUGGCUGGAACAAGAUGAUUUAUUUUGUAAUUGGAUGACUGAGAGACUUAUCUACGCUAUGGUGGGGAACAGAGGUCAUAAACCACAGCCCCUGAUCGGUCACCUUUGACAUUUUUAGCCUCAGUGUUGAGUUAUUGCUGGGCCAUCGUGUGAUCUACAACCACAAGGCUCCACCACUGAUGGCAGAUUCUUGUAUUUCUGCAGUCUUCCAGUUUAUUCUGGUUGGUUGAGCGCAGUUUUGCUUUCCUCUCAGUGAACAAGGCUGUCAGUCAAAACACUGUGAGGAUUUGUUGUGAAGCUUCUUGACCUUUUCUCUUGAGAUAGAGAUGCACAGCUAUUACAAAACUGAUUCUGGGUUUAAUUUCACACUGUUUGGUCUUUUAUGACAAAAACAAAUUAUGAAAAGUAUCUCCAAAUAUCAAAUUAAAGGGAUAUUCCGGCGUAGAAUUAAGUUAGGGUCAAACACACCGUAACACCGAGUUAGACACCCCCUCAAGAGAUGAAUGUUGACGACCGCUUGCUUCUUUAGUUAUACCAACUUUAGUAACGACUGCAUGAUAGCAAUACAUAGUGGUCUCAGGAGCUACAUACUCAAUCAAAACGUCACUCUAUAGCCACAAAUAAUGCUUAGAACAGCACCUAACUUCAUCAACACUAACUUUAUUUUGUUUAGCCAAGCCGCUGUGUGAACCAGAUCGACAGUGUGUGUCAGACCAUUGAGAAGACCAUCAAUCAGGCCGUUCAGAAGACUUUGGAUCAGCUGGAGAAAGACUGUGACCUGAUCUGUUCCACCAUCAGCAGCAGACUAGAGAAGGACAGGUUUGACUCUCAGCCUACAGCAUAGCCCAUGUCAGUGUGUUGAAAUUACAGCUGGAGCUAAUUUACCCUGACGCGAUAUGCCACCUACAAAUAAACCGUAUUGUGAUCAAACAGAGGAGAUAAGAGUCAGCAGCUAUUACACCCUGCAGAAGAAGCGUUAUUAAAACUAGAUUUCAUUGUGCGCUGGCAGGGCUGAUGCAGCUUACAACAAAAGUGUCCGUCUUCACUCGUUCCUGUGUGGAGCUCUGGGUGUAGUCCUCCCUACCCUCUUCAUCCUCAGUUUCAUCGUUAACACCCUGUCCAAAGAGCAGCUGGAUGAGCUGCUGGGUGAGGGGGCAUCACGAACCGUCCUCGUGCUCACAGUGAGUCACACAGGUGAUAAUGAUAUAAAUGUCAGAUAACGUCACAGCACGGUGACAUUAAGUUGUGUGUUUUGUGUACCUGGUUCUCUGAGUGUCUGUGUAACGUGUGUCUUACAGGGAAUAGUGAUUUAUUUGUGGGAUUGGAUACCGGAAGAUGGACAAGUUGUGUUUGUCAUCACCUUUGGAGCAUUUUGCUAUCUCCUGCUUUUCCUAGCAAAGUACUUUGCAGGGUAAGUGUUACAGAGAUGCAAGAAGUUGUUGCUCUGAAACAAUGUAUUAUUUGCUGACUAAAAGAAAAUUACUCUACGGAUAAAUUUAUUUUUUAUUAUUUUUCUUUAAAUUAUUUUAUUUAUUUACAUUUUAUUUAUUUACCGUAUUUAAAAUUUAUUUUAUGUAUUAAAAUUAUGAAAUUAAUAACUUCUUACAUAAAUAAAAAGCUCCAAAAAUAAAUUGUUUUUCUUUUUUUACUGGCAUGAUUGUGUAUCUUUUGAACAGUGGAUUAUAUUUGGAAGACAUUCAAAGAAAUCAUGCUGAGGAGGUGGAAAUCAUCAAUUGAGAACAUUACCAACAAAUUAAAUAGUGGUGAAAAUUAAUGUAAACUGCAGCCCUAUGUGUUAUGUGCAUACAGUUUCCCUGGGUGUCUAUAUUAAACUUUAUUGUGAGCAGUACAUACCUGUAAUCUAGAUUGGCACAAGUUAACACUCUCACGCUGACACACAUAAAGGAAACUAAAACUGUGUCAGUAUUGUUUUAAUUCGCUGAUAUUGUUGUAAACUCCAUAAAUGUGCUUGACUCUUGGAAAUAUUCCCUAAGUAGGAGAAUUUUUCAGGCACAAACUCACAAUCAGAAAUCAAUACUCACUGAAUAUGUAAGUUAACCGUAUGAUACUGUUUAUUGUCAGGCAGGGCAAUAAGACUCUGACGAAGAAGGAGAAGAAGGUGCUGGCGAAGUACAGUGAAUACAUUCAGGAUGUCGUCAAAAUCAAGAAGGUAAGAUUUUGUUUCAUUUCAGCUGUUUAGUGAAGAAGUUAAAGCUUUAGCAAAUCCCAGUAUGGAUGAAGCAGGUGGUUCCAAUAUAAAACAUCUCACAUUGUUGAUUUUACUCCACAGGGGAAGCUGUAUGAAUGGUACCUCCAGCAGUGUGCAGCAGAAUACGACCUCUGACCCUGGGUAAACUGGAGAUUGUCAGCACUUGUGUGUCUGCAUCUUGCUGGAUGUUUUCUGGGAAAAGCAACCAAUGUGCCACAGAGUAUCAUAAAAAGUGGAUUCAGGAGGACUUUUUAACCAGAUGAGCAUCCAUCAGAUUAUCAGGGGUUUCUUUUCUCAGUCCUCCAAUGCAGUAGAGAUCACUGCCAACAUUUAUCAUCUCACCAGAUAUAGGAUAAAAAUAUUACAAGUGCUUUAUUUCCUGGUUCUGGAAAAACUGUGAUUGUACUCAUCUGAUCUCGGAAUGUGAAUUUUUGUAGCACAAUGAUGUCAAACCUCUACACAGGAGUUUACAAAAAGGACUUUUUCAUGAAUUUUCAAAAGCAGCUCGAAGCUAUCAGGUUUAAUCGAAAUGAUUAAGCUUGCUCUUAUUAAGCUCCGUCAAUCCUACGACACCGUCGCAGAGUCUGCUAUGUGGUCUCUAACAGAUACGUUUCAAUCUAUAGCAAUUCUUCACCAGCGAGCGCUGUGAAAAUCCCUGGGCAUUACAGCCAAGCUUUUUAUCAAAUAUUUUUUAUACCAAUGCCAGCUUUAAGUUGUCUCCUGCCUACAGACGUACUCUGUCUACUGUCAGACUUUUGUUGAUAUCAGGUUUCAUCAUUUCUAUCAACCAUGGUACAGCAUGUGCGUUUCCUCGCUGUCCUGUCGUCAGUAACCUUCUAUAACUCCCAUCCACUUCUUUGACUUAUCACCAUGUAAUGCCUUCACUCCAGUAACUGUAAACAUAUUUAUUAGUCUUUAAGGUGCUUCUCACCCAAAUACUCUAGAAAAACCUCUACAGGCUGUUUGCAGUAUUGUUGGAAACCAUUGCGCGAGUAAGAUGCCUCCUCAUUUGGGAAAAGAAUUUGUUUCUGGAGACGCUUAAUUUAAAAUUGUACUUUGUCACUUUGCAUUUAAGCUUUACAAAAGUUAUUUUUAUCAUAUGUCUUGUCUGAUAAAACUGACUUGUCUAGAAGUGUUUUUUUUGUUAUUAAAGCCUCAAAGAUCGAAACUUGUCGUAUAGCUCCAAACUUUUCUCUGUUGUAUUCUGAGAAAAAAAUUCACAUUUUCUACUGAUCUGUGCUCUACUAUUUGCAUUACUCCUGACUGAUAAACAACAAAUAAAUAAAUAAAACAGAAAGUA